GGCCACCGUUCCCAAUGAGCUACUGUCAAAAGUAGUUCAAAAACGCACAACAAAUAAACAGGUUAACGUUUUGGUAAAACUCCAAUAGGACGGGCGCAAAAAUGUCGGAGAACUGUUGCAUUUGCCUGGAAGAUGGAAAAUCGGCCUGUCGUCUGUCCGAAAUGGACCAGACGGGCCGUUCGUACCAAAACAAGUUGGAGAAAAUCGCCGUGGAAAUACUGUGGUCCGGAGACUAUUACAUAUGCACCGAGUGCAUAGAGGUGCUCAACAUGGUGGAGGAAUUCGUGGACAAGUGCUACGAAAGCGACGCGUUGAGGUCGAAGAAGCUCACGGACGAAACAAAGUCGGACAUACCCAAGUCGAUUGACGAUUGCAUCAACGAACUGCUGUCGGAGAACGACGACGGAGUGUUGAACGACACCUACGACGACCCCAAACAAAGCGACGCCGACUCGGAGAGCGAAACCGAAAUGUUCCCCAUCGAGAAGGUGUUCCAGUGUGAAGUCUGCUCUGACACCUUUGAGGACCUGAAAACCUAUCUGGGACACUGCAACGACGUGCACAAAAUCCUCGCUCGCAACGUCAAGCCCUACCUGUGCAAAAUAUGUAAGAGCAGGUUCGCCCAAAAGGCCAACUACACCAAACACCUGCAGUACCACAGCGACAACAACGAGUCCGAGGUACAAAUAGACAGCGACUUGAGCUGUAAAAUAUGCGAGAGAUCGUUCAGCAACGGACGCAACCUCAAACGUCACAUGCUGAACAAACACCCCAGCGAAACGGACGCCAGACCCCGCUUCUGCUGCAUGCACUGUCAGCAAAACUUUACUUCCAAGUGGAACCUGCACCGUCACAUCAAACGCUGCCAGCCCAACUCUUUACGAAAGAAAAAGAUCAUGAAGUGCAUGCUUUGCGACUACUACCAAGAUACGAGGGAGAACGUGGUGGCCCACUAUGCCAACACCCACGACGUGCAGAUCGUAUGCAAGAAGCUGUCUUUUGAAAACUACCAGCAGUUUGAGGCGUGGAAGGACCAGGUAGAGCGGGAGACUGUCUCCAAGUACGUCAAGGGAUCCUUUUACAAAUCAAACGGCAAAUCCACGCAUUACUACAGGUGUCACAGGGACGGGUUUUACAAGCACGCUGGCAGGAACAUACGGAGGCUGAAACAAUCCGGCAGCAACAAAAUCGACGGCGUAUGUCCGGCGAAGAUGCAGGCCAGCUUCGUCACCGAAAACGGGGAAGUACAGGUCGAGUACAUCGAAACCCACGUGGGCCACAGCAUGGACUUGAAGAGGAUACCGCUGAGGAAGGCGGACCGCAACUUCCUCGCCGAACAACUCAGUAUGAACGUCUCCUUCGACGACUUAAUCAACAACGUAAGGCACAACAUAGGUGUGAACAACUUCGACCGCAUCCAAUUGCUGACCAAAAAGGAUCUGUUCAACAUAGAACAGAUGUACAACUUGAACAAAGACCCCGAGAGACACUCGGACCCUAACAGGCGGUACCAGUGCCCUCAGUGCGGCAAGGAGUACAAAAUACUCAAGAUGAUGCGCUCCCACAUCGCCAAAGUGCACCACCAAAACGCCGGGGAAACUGUGGCGAGGGAGAAGAAGCACUUCUGCCACGCCUGCCCCAAGUCGUACUACUCGGAGGCGCAACUGCAGAAGCACCUGCAGGUGCACGUCGAGGCCAAUCCUUCAUCUUGUUUGAUCUGCGACGAAAAGUUCCCCGACAAGGAGGGGACCAAGCUACACAUGAAGGAAAUGCACAACGUGGCUUUCGACAUUAAAUACGAGCACUUGUGAAAAGAUGCUCCGGGUUU